AUGCAUGUAAGAUUCAGUGGCAAAACGCCAAGAGGCAGGGCCGGAUCACCUAGUCCACCUGGAAGACGGUCCUGUUCUCAGGUGGGCAGGUCACCACUUGGACAUUUUGGGUCGUGGUCAUUUCUUAAGGGAUGGCCCGUGGGUGGUAUCAGCUUGGUCCCCAGAGAAACGUGGGGUCCCAGAAACGUUGGUCCUAUCCAUGGGGUUGCACGUCUCCGUUUGGGAUCUGGGUUCUGGGUGGACCCUGGGAGGCAACGUGGGCCCCAAGCAGAAGGGGCAGUGUCUGGGCUUGACCGUGGCCCUGCUGUGGUUUGUCGCCCCUGCAGAAGCGGCCCGGGCGCCGCGUGCCGGCUCUCCCGGGCCGAGUCGGAGCGCCGGUGCCGGGCGCCCGGGCAGCCCCCAGGGGGCGCUCUGUGCCACGGCCGCGGCCGGUGCGACUGCGGGGUCUGCAUCUGUCACGUGAGCGAGCCCGGCGUGUACUUCGGGCCCCUGUGCGAGUGCCAUGAGUGGAUGUGCGAGACCUACGACGGGAGCACCUGUGCAGGCCACGGUGCGUGUGACUGUGGAAAGUGCAGAUGUGAUGGAGGAUGGUCUGGGGACGCUUGCCAGUACCCAAAGACCUGUGACCUGACAAAGAAACAGAGCAACCAAAUGUGCAAGAAUUCUCAAGAUAUCAUCUGCUCUAAUGCAGGUACAUGUCACUGUGGCAGGUGUAAGUGUGAUAAUUCAGAUGGAAAUGGACUCGUUUAUGGUAAAUUUUGUGAGUGUGAUGAUAGAGAAUGCAUAGAUGAUGAAACAGAAGAAAUAUGUGGAGGCCACGGAAAGUGUUACUGUGGAAACUGUUACUGCCAGGCUGGUUGGCAUGGAGAUAAAUGUGAAUUCCAGUGUGACAUCACCCCCUGGGAGAGCAAGCGAAGAUGCACAUCUCCAGAUGGCAGAGUCUGCAGUAACAGAGGGAUUUGUGUGUGUGGUGAAUGUUCUUGCCAUGAUGUUGACCCGACUGGAGACUGGGGGGAUAUUCAUGGGGACACCUGUGAGUGUGAUGAAAGGGACUGCAAGGCUGUCUAUGACAGAUAUUCUGACGACUUCUGUUCUGGUCAUGGGCAGUGUAACUGUGGAAGAUGUGACUGCAAAGUAGGCUGGUAUGGGAAAAAGUGCGAGCACCCACGUUCCUGCCCGCUGUCAGCUGAGGAGAGCAUCAAGAAAUGCCAGGGAAGCUCUGCUCUGCCUUGCUCUGGAAGGGGUAAGUGUGAGUGUGGCGAAUGCACUUGCUACCCACCGGGAGGCAGCAGGGUAUAUGGCAAGACGUGUGAGUGUGACGAUCGCCGCUGCGAAGACUUGGACGGCGUGGUCUGUGGAGGCCAUGGCACGUGUUCCUGCGGUCGCUGCGUUUGUGGGCGAGGAUGGUUCGGGAAGCUCUGCCAGCAUCCGCGGAAGUGUAACCUGACGGAGGAACAGAGCAGGAGUCUGUGCGAAUCGGCAGAUGGCGUUCUGUGCUCGGGGAAGGGUUCUUGUCACUGUGGGAAGUGCAUUUGUUCUGCCGAAGAAUGGUAUAUUUCGGGAGAAUUCUGCGACUGUGAUGACAGGGACUGCGACAAACAUGAUGGUCUCAUUUGCACAGGGAAUGGAAUCUGUAGCUGUGGAAACUGUGAAUGCUGGGAUGGAUGGAACGGAAAUGCAUGUGAAAUCUGGCUCGGCACAGAAUAUCCUUAAUAAUCCAUGGCAGAGAACUGGAUUCUUAUUUUUCUAGGCCAUUAGAACAUAUAAAUGCAGAGGGAACCAUAUAUAAUCAUCACUAGGACAGGUCAAACAGACCAUUGUAUGUUUUUCUAUUUCUGAAUGCCUCAGUGAAAUCUGGGUACCCAUUAAAGAUGAGUUAAGCAAAUUCUGAUGUAAAUAACGCCAGAAAAAUUUUUUUCUACCUUAAUUUACAUCAGUGGUUCUCAACAAGGGCAACUUUACCACCCAGAAGACAUUUGGCAAUGUCUACAGACAAUUUUCAUUG